GAGAAUGGAAGUGGGUAGGGGGAGAGUGAAUAUGCCGCCGGAGAUUCCACUGCCUUGUUCUAAUAAAUACAGAAUUGUUCUCCCUUGACUUUCACUCGUUCUUCCGCAUUCAAUUCUUUCCCUUUCACAUUCAAAUCCUCCCCGGAAUUUCACUCGUGGUGGAGUGAAAUUUCAGUUGGGUAGGUAGCCAACAAGCCAUGGCGAACGAGAAAUUGGAGGUGCUUACAGCACUUGAUGCAGCAAAGACACAAUUUUACCACUUCACUGCAAUCGUAAUUGCAGGAAUGGGUUUCUUCACGGAUGCUUAUGAUCUGUUCUGCAUCUCACUUGUCACCAAGUUGCUUGGUCGCAUCUACUAUACCAAGGAAGGAGCAGAGAAGCCAGGGUCGUUACCUCCAAAUGUAUCAGCCGCAGUCAAUGGUGUUGCUCUGUGCGGCACACUUGCAGGUCAGCUCUUCUUUGGCUGGCUUGGUGACAAGAUGGGUCGUAAGCGUGUCUAUGGUAUGACCCUUCUUCUCAUGGUCAUCUGCUCCAUUGCCUCUGGACUCUCUUUUGGCCACACCGCAAAUGGGGUCAUUUCCACACUCUGUUUCUUCCGCUUCUGGCUUGGGUUUGGCAUUGGUGGCGAUUACCCUCUCUCUGCAACAAUCAUGUCUGAAUACUCCAAUAAGAAGACUCGUGGUGCCUUCAUUGCUGCUGUGUUUGCUAUGCAAGGCUUUGGGAUUUUAGCUGGUGGCAUCUUCGCUAUUAUCGUUUCUUCAGCUUUCACAGCUAAGUAUGAUGUCCCUGCUUAUCAAGUUGAUCCAAUUGCCUCAACCCCGCCUCAGGCCGAUUAUGUAUGGCGCAUUAUUUUGAUGUUCGGUGCCAUACCUGCUGCACUAACUUUCUACUCGCGUUCGAAGAUGCCUGAGACUGCUCGUUACACUGCUCUUGUAGCGAAGAAUGCAAAACAAGCAGCGGCCGACAUGUCUAAGGUUCUGCAAGUCGACAUUGAAGCAGAACAGGAAAAGAUUGAGCAAAUGUCAGAGAAUAAAGCGAAUUUAUUUGGUUUGUUCUCCAAGGAUUUUCUCCUCCGUCAUGGGCUUCACUUGCUUGGAACCACCAGUACAUGGUUCUUACUAGACAUUGCUUUCUACAGUCAGAAUUUGUUCCAGAAGGAUAUCUUCAGUGCUAUUGGGUGGAUUCCCCCUGCAAAGACAAUGAGCGCCGUUGAGGAAGUCUUUAGAAUUGCAAGGGCACAAACGCUUAUUGCUCUAGUCAGUACUGUCCCUGGAUACUGGUUCACGGUUGCUUUAAUCGAUGUCAUGGGAAGGUUUACAAUUCAAUUGAUGGGUUUCUUCUUCAUGACAGUGUUCAUGUUUGCGAUUGCCAUCCCUUAUCAUCACUGGACACUGAAGGAGAACCGAUUUGGUUUUGUAGCAAUGUACUCUUUGACCUUCUUCUUUGCGAAUUUUGGUCCCAAUGCUACGACAUUCGUGGUUCCAGCAGAGAUCUUCCCUGCCAGGCUGAGGUCGACAUGCCAUGGAAUCUCAGCAGCAGCUGGUAAAGCAGGGGCUAUAGUGGGGGCAUUUGGGUUCCUCUACUUAGCUCAAAAUAAGGACAAGGCGAAGACUGAUGCAGGUUACCCACCUGGUAUUGGAGUCAAGAAUUCACUCAUCGUGUUGGGUGUGAUCAACUUCUUAGGCAUGCUCUGCACACUGUUGGUGCCCGAGUCUAAGGGCAAAUCCUUGGAGGAGAUGUCAGGGGAAUAUGAGGAAGAAAACAAGAAUAAUGCAGAAAAAGAGUAGCAGGUCAGCUAAAGCAGAACUGUUCCAGCUUAAUCUCAUAUUUACUGCUAGUUAUUGUUCUUGGGGUGUUCAGUUUCUGGUCUACCCUGAGACUGCACAUUUGUAAUUGAUAUAGUAUUCAUUCUUGUUCUUUUACUCUUCUUUCGUGAUUUUGUUUAGUGAUAAUUUUGGAGAUUGAAUUAUUUGGUUGAGUAUAUCUACCUUCUUCA